AUGGUUUUUAGUCGCUCACAAUGGCUUACCGUCAAAGGUGGCUCGGAGUCCUACGUGAACAAGGUAAGGGAAGAAAUGGAGAGCAAUGGUUGUCAAAUUAAGAUCGGCUGUGAAGUCAACUCUAUUUCAAAGUCCAAUGGAGGUUACCAAGUUUUAGAUGUUGAUGGUUCAGAGGAGAUGUACGACAGGAUCAUACUUGGUGUUAAUGCGCCGGAUGCACUAAAAGUACUAGGAGCUGGUGCAACAGUUGAGGAACGUAGGAUUCUAGGAGUUUUCCAGUAUAUCUACAGUAACGUGUACCUCCACUGUGAUGAAAGUUUGAUGCCACAUAAUUCCUCCGCAUGGAGCGCUAGGAACUUCUUGGGGACAACAAGCAGUGGUGUCUGUGUUACCUCCUGGCUAAAUAUACUUCAGAACAUUGAAUCUGCCGGGCCUUUACUUGUGACACUGAACCCUCGUGUUCCCAAUCAUGUAUUGCUUAAAUGGCAUACUAGCCACCCAAUACCUUCCAUUGCUGCUGCAAAGGCUAACCAUGAUCUCAAUAACAUCCAAGGAAAGAGGGGAAUUUGGUUCUGUGGCGCAUAUCAAGGCUACGGAUACCAUGAGGACAGUGUUAAGGUAUUCCAUGUGCACUUGACCUUUUUAGGUUUCAUCACUAAGGCUGCAACAGAAGGAGACCUUGGUUUUGCAUCUGCCUACAUCCAUGGCUAUAUCUCAUUUGUUGAUCAUCGAAACGGCCUUGUGAACCUUGUACGGAUUAUAAUGGCUAAUAGAUGUGAACGCAAGAGGUUAUACAGCACUAAAAGGACAAGUGGUUAUACAAAUUGCUUGGAAUUAGUGGAGUUGCAUUUGCAAAAUAUUCUGCGUCAUGCCUGGCGGAAGAAUAGUGUAUCCAAAGCUCGUAAAAAUAUAUCUGAAUGCUAUGAUCUGAGUAAUGAUUUCUUUGCUCUUUAUCUGGAUCCAACAAUGACGUAUUCUUGCGGUAUUUUCAAGGCUGAGGACGAGAGCUUAGAUGCAGCCCAGCUACAUAAGCUUGACAGUCUCAUUAAUAAGGCUAAGGUGGAGUCAGGGCAUCAUGUUCUUGACAUUGGUUGUGGUUGGGGCACUUUAGCAAUAUGGUUGGUGAAGAAAACAGGUUGCAAGUGCACAGGAAUUACAUUAUCCGAGGAGCAACUGAACUACGCCAAAAGAAAGGUGAAAGAAUCUGGAUUAGAGACCAUUGCGCUUGUAGAGGAAAUGUAUGACAAAAUGAGGUUGCGGCCUGAGUUUGUAAAGGCAUAUAUCUUCCCCGGUGGCUGCCUACCGUCUCUAGGCUGGAUUGUGUCUGCCAUGACUAAUGCAUCAAGGCUCAACAUACAACAUGUUGAGAAUAUUGGGGACCACUACUACACGACUCUAAUGAACUGGUGGGACAACUUCGCGGCAAACAGAGAAAAAGCUUCUGCCCUGGGAUUUGAUGAAAAAUUCAUCCGUACUUGGGAGUAUUAUUUAGGUUAUUGUGCGGCUAUGUUCAAAUCGCGCAUUUGUAUAGAUUACCAGAUAGUGUUUGCUCGGCCAGGCGAUUCAAAGCUACCAAGCUAUGUUGCCAUUGCAUAA